UCGCCGUAUAUAGGAAGGGCAGACGGCGGAAGGACCAGCGAGAGAAAGACGGCGUAGUUGUGAGAAAGAGAGCUAUAUUGGCGACGCUUUCUGGCUUCUCCUGCACCUCGACGAUGACGAUGACGGCGACGAUGGCGGAGUCUGCUACCACCUGCGUUCUUGUCGUUGUUUGCCUCCUCUCCUUCUCGACCUUCUCCCUCGCUUCUUUUAACUUCUCGACGCUCGCCUUUGGAGACGCCUAUUCCCCUCUGUUCGGCCACCACAACAUCCACCGGUCGUCCGACGACAAGACCGUUCAACUCGGCCUCGAGAGAUCCUCCGGGUCGGGUUUCAUUUCGAAGGAUAUGUACCACCACGGCUUCUUCAGCGCCAAAAUCAAGCUGCCCUCCGACUAUACCGCCGGCGUCGUCGUCGCCUUCUACACGUCGAAUGGCGAUGUCUUUAGACAUACUCAUGACGAGCUCGAUUGGGAGUUUCUGGGCAACAUAAAGGGCGAGGAAUGGAGGGUGCAGACGAACGUCUAUGGAAACGGGAGCACCGGCCAUGGCAGGGAGGAGAGGUACCUGCUCUGGUUCGACCCAACCAAGGAGUUCCACCGCUACAGCAUCCUCUGGACCUCCAAGACCAUCAUCUUCUAUGUCGACGACGUGCCGAUCAGGGAGGUGGUAAGGACGGCGACCAUGGGAGGGGACUAUCCGUCGAAGCCGAUGUCUCUGUACGCCACCAUCUGGGACGGAUCGACGUGGGCGACCUUAAACGGCCGGUACAAAGCCGACUACAAGUACGCGCCGUUCGUCGCCGAGUUCACCGACUUCGUCCUCCAGGGCUGUGCUGUAGACACGAUUCAACAGGUACCGGAGAAAUGCAACGAGGAAGAUGCAAGGUUCAACGUCGAGGACUUGGCCGUCAUAACGCCGGAGAAGAGAGCCGCCAUGCAGCAGUUCCGGCAGACUUACAUGGCGUAUUCCCAUUGUUACGACCGAGAUCGGUACCCCAACCCCAUGCCCGAGUGCUUAAGGGUUCCCGAAGAAGAAGAGAGGUUCAAGAGCUCGGGACACUUAAAAAUCCCCAUUGGCCGGAAGCGGCACUCGAGGCGUCGGAGCAGGACUCCGGCGGCAGAAUCCGGUCACCGGACGAAGGUGUGAGGAGGAGUAAGCGUCGGAGUGAAUUCGACCAUUCUUCUUUCUUUCAUAAAAAAACGGAGAAUAGUGAUUAUUUCAUGUGUUGCGAUGAUGGAAAUAAAUCAGUUUCUAUAGAUAUAUAAUAUAGGAAAAUUGAAUGAGAGACGGCCAUGGGGUUUUCUCUGCUUCGAUGAAGUUGGUUGGUUGUAUAGCAUGAUUGGAUUGUAAGAAGUUAAAGAUUAUAUAUAUUGAUUUGUUCAU